AUGAUAUAUUUUCUUUUGCUAUUCCUGGGCAUUGCUCCCUGGGCUAAAAGAGCGUCCUCCUUGGAAUGCUUCAUCUGCAACUCCACAAAAUACAUUGGUUGUACCACUACUGUCAACUGCUCUGCCACAGAACAUUUCUGCACAAGAUUAACAGUCACCAAGAUAUCUGGCUACCAGAUCAUGCAGUCCUGUGCCACCAUUUGUCCCAUCGCUAAAAAAAGGUGGCCGCCAUUAUAUACUUUCAUGUGCUGCCAAACCGACCGGUGCAACGGAGCCAGCGGCGUGGUGAGCCACCGAACUCUGCUCACGACGGCCACAUUCGUCAGCUUGGUUCGAGCUUUGGCUAUCCUGGGAUCCUGA